AUGUCAUUCGACUUCAAAGCAUGGUCUGACACGUCAAAGCUGACGUCGACCACAAUCAAGGCACUAGAGGACGCAGACCUUGCCGAUGAGGACCUUGCCUUGUCAUGCGUUACGCCAGCAAUUCUACAACAGCUGAAGCUGACAGUCGGGCAGUACGCCCUUCUGUACACGGGAGACCUGCUAGCAGGAGCGACUCAGGCGACCCAGGUCCAGGCCAGCGACGACAACCCCUCUGUAAAGCCAGGCCACAUCCUGGAUAGCGAGCCUUCCCUGGACACGGACAUCCAGCGCUUCCGGUCCGGGGUUUACGCCGAAUCAACCAAGUCAACAUACCGAUCUCAGCAGCGGGCCUACCUAAGAUUCUGCAUAUAUCACAAAUAUGUGCCCGUGCCGGCGACCAGCAAAAACAUCUGUAGGUACGCAGUGUUCCUGGCGAGGACACUAAAAUUUAGUAGCAUCGUCGGCUACCUCAAUAUCAUACGCAUCUUUCAUCAAGAGGCAGGAUACGAGAACCCUUUACAGGACAAUUGGCUACUGCAAACAACUCUGCGCGGAAUCCGCCGUCACCAUGGCGACAGCGACCAACAAAAGCUUCCGAUAACUCCGUCAAUCCUGCGCGCCAUCCACAACAAACUGGAUUUCUCCUGGGCCUACCAUGUAGUAUUCUGGGCAGCCUGUGGGGUUGCUUUCUUCUCGUUCUUCCGUAAAUCUAACGUCCUACCGAAAACAGCAAAGGACUUCGACGCUACAAAACAGCUGUGCAGGAGGGACUUUCGAUACUUUGACAGGGACAGGGGUGCCGUCAUCACAGUGCGCUGAAGCAAAACGAUCCAGUUCAAAGAACGGACUCUCCUUAUCCCCAUCCCGCGAAUAACGGACUCUCCCCUAUGCCCUACCACAGCGGUGGAAAAGGCAUUCUCCCUGACGGACACGGCCGAGCCGGACGGACCAGCGUCUGUUCUCCCCAGGAAACGGGGCCUGGAUUUACUCCCCUGACACACAAACCUUUCGUCACUACAUUGCGGACUUUACUCAGACAAUGUGGCUACCCGGACUCCGCGUACAGUGGCCACAGUUUCCGACGUGGCGCUGCGACAUGGGCGUCAGAAUGCGGACUCCCACCUGAACUAAUCAAACUCCAAGGCGACUGGAAGUCUAGUGCCUACCAGCGCUACACUAGUGUAUCUCUCAAAGGCCGCCUAUGGACAGUAAAGACAAUGGCUAACGCCUUACAUUAGUUAAAACACCUUCCUUCACUUUCGAGCAUAAGUUGUACCUCCUAUGUAGUUAGCCUUAUCCUACGUCCCACUACCUGUCUGGGGGUUUGGAGAAAUUGUUUUGUGUCAUUGUUUAUUACCUUCGCCAAGAAGGUUAUGUUUUCAGUA